CCGCCAAAUCACCCCCUCGCAAUCCCUCCACGAUGCUCUGUAUCCGCUGCAGGGCUCUGCCCUCCGCUCUCAGGACAUUCUCCACGUCCACCCUCUCCCGAUCCUCGUCUCAGAUCUCCUCGCCUCUCCGCUCCCUGGCGACCACUCUCCCUUCGGUCCGCACCCAAUCCCCGACUCUCGCCUCUCUCCGUGCCCAGUUCCCCUCCAACAACGCCACCACUCCGCUCGCGUCCGCUCUCCAAUCCCGCUCUUUCUCCGCCAGCGCCUCCCUCGGUGCUAAGCGCGACACCUACAACCCGUCACGGAGGGUGCAGAAACGGCGUCACGGAUUCCUGGCGCGGUUGCGGUCGCGCGGAGGCAGAAAGAUCAUCAUGCGUCGGAGGGCCAAGGGGAGGAAGAACAUGAGUUGGUAGAUGGGGUUUUUGGGCUUUCUUGCGACUGGGUUUGUCUUUUUUGUUCUGAUUCAAUAUGAAUAAAUACCGGGGUACGAUAUUCUUCUGGGAAGUUAUGGAUUUUGUUCGAGGAUCGAGUACUGUAUGAUUGAUUGUUCUCUCUUUUUUUUCGUCUCCGCUAUCGAGUUUUGAGUCUUCGUUGGCCUGGCGGUUUGUCGGGUCAGUUCGAGUCUCGUGUACCAUAUAUACAUACAUUUGACAUAGAAUGGUUGACCGGUUUACCUGA